ACAACCUUCUUCGCCUUCUUCUCUAGCUGCCUUCGCUCGCAAUCGCUUGCUAGAUCCCUCAGCUAGCUCCUAAAAGUAAAGCAAUGGAGGAUUCGUCGGUGCAGGUGGAUGUGCCGCCCUACUUCCUGUGCCCGAUCUCGCUGGAGAUCAUGCGUGACCCCGUGACGCUGGCCACGGGCAUCACCUACGACCGCGGCAGCAUCGAGCGCUGGCUCUUCGACAAGGCCGCCGGGGGUCAAGGCCACGCCACGUGCCCGGUCACGCGGCAGAAGCUGGCCACGGCGGACGAGCUCGUAGAGGCCACGCCCAACCACACGCUCCGCCGCCUCAUCCAGGCCUGGUGCGCCAUGCACGCCGUGGAGCGCUUCCCCACCCCGCGCCCGCCCGUCGACGCCUGCCGCGUGGCCGCGCUCGUCGACGAGGGCCGGCACCAGGAGCUCGCGGCGCUCCGCGAGCUCAAGGCCAUCGCCGCCGAGAGCGACCGCAACAGGCGCCUCGUCGAGUCCACCCCCGGCGCCCUCGACUUCCUCGUCUCCGUCGUCAAGAACCAUGUCGGCGCCACCGCGUUGACGUCCAAUAAGUCAGCCCAGGAUUUAUUAGAACUGGAUUCCCCAAGGAGUUCGCCGGCGGAGGACGCGCUGGGCGUGAUCUACUCGCUGAAGCCGUCCAAGAAGAGCCUGGCGAGGAUCAUCGAGAGUAACAGCGAUUUCCUGGACACGACCCUGGUGUCCGUGCUGCGGCGCCCGAGCUACCAGUCCCGCACGUACGGCAUCCUGCUGCUGAAGUCGCUGGUGUCGGCAAUGGAGCCCGCGCAGCUGAUGGCGCUGAGGUCCGAGGCGUUGCUGGUGGAAGCCGUGCGCGUGGUGUCGGACCGGGUGUCCACCAAGGCCGUGAAGGCGGCGCUGCAGGUUCUGUGCCGCGUCUGCCCGUGGGGCCGGAACCGCGUCAAGGCCGUGGAAGCCGGGGCCGUGACGGCGCUGGUCGAGCUGCUUCUGGACGAGGGCUCGCGGCACCCGACAGAGCUGGCCGUGGCGGCCAUCGACCACCUCUGCGGGUGCGCGGAGGGGCGGUCGGAGCUGGUGGCGCACCCGGCGGGGCUGGCCGUCGUGGCCAAGAAGGCGAUGCGGGUGUCGCUGGCCGCAACGGAGAGCGCGGUGCGGGCGAUCCACGCCGUGGCCAGGCACUCGCCCACGGCGGCCGUGCUGCAGGAGAUGCUGGCAGUCGGGGUCGUCGCGAAGCUGCUGCUGGUGCUGCAGGUGGACGCCGGGGAACGGGCCAGGGCCAAGGCCAAGGAGCUGCUCAGGGCGCACGCUAGGGUUUGGAAGGACUCGCCGUGCUUGCAGGCGCACCUCAAGGCGUAUUACCCUUCCUGAUGAUUUGAUCAAGCCGUUCAUCGUGUCUGCUCAAAGGAGGAGAGCACAUUGCUCUACUUGCCCCUUUAAUUAACUUCUCAUUUUAAUUAAGUAGAUUAGUGUUUGGUCACCACGCAUUCACAAUCGAUGAUUGCUUGUAAUUUGAACAUACAAAUUUAUGUUGUUCUAUCCUCCUUCAUUAGGGAGUACUUAUAUCUGUCUUUUCUGGAACUUAUUAUGUUCUCUCCGGCUGAUUGACCGAAAGAGACCAAAAUCAAGCAAGCAUAUUUCUUAAA